ACCAAAGCAGUAACACCAGCGAGCCGCCGGUCCGUCCGCAUCCUCGACCGGUGGACCAGAUUCUCACGCGUUGCUGACCAAAGUCACGUGAUUCGCUGCAUAAUGCAGUUGUCACGGACAUUCUUGCUUCUCGGCUCCUGCUUUCUGGCGUUGAAUCUCGUGACGGCGGCACCUGCCGGUCAAGAAGAGCCGUUUUUCGAGCUUCCGGUGCAUCUGGUUGGCUUUCCGGUAAUUAUAGCGAGCGUAAGAAUCGCCAAUUUCUUCAAGAAGCUCGCUUAUAUUUUGAAUCCAGCUACUUAUGUCAGUCGAGUGAAACGGGCACAUCCCUCCAUAUACGACGAAGAAAUUUUAGAUGUUGGCCAAAUUGAGAAAAAGUUAGUAACUGAGUUCGGAAAUGACAUUUGCAUCUACGAAAGGAUUUGUGUCGAAUAUGCAGAACGAAUGCUUCGAAGAAAAAAUCAGCAUCUUGAUUGGAAUAUUCUUGAUUGGGGUGACGUGUUCAGCGAGUACAAGUCAUCGCCCAAUUUGAGGAAGGAAAAUUACUUGCUGAGUAUCUUCCUAGGCAACAUUAUUAGCAGUCCAAAGCUAUGUCAUGCAUUAGCGGAAAGAGGAAGAGCCUGCGAUAACAGUACCUUGUUAAUUUAAAAACACAAUGUGCAACUCUCAUGUUGAGCGUUUCUAUUGAUUUGUAAAUAAUGCCAUAGACUCGAAAGAUUAAUGUAA